UGUCCCCGGAACGCUUAUAGUGUGUCUUUGUUUAAUUUCCGUUUCCGGGCCGAUGUUAAAAAAUUUGAGAAAAUGGCGCUAAUUCCAGGAGAUGGGGAUCCCAGUCCAAUAGAAAUAAACCGUGAUUUGGGAUCGGAUUUGAAGGACGGGGGUAUUAUUACAAGGGUUACGGGCGACGAUGGGGUACCAGAGGAGCGGGAUCAUAAGCUCCAUUGUUACUCGAAGCGCUCGGUUGCAGAGCUCCUUGAAAAGUACCGAGAGCUGCUGAAGGGAGGGCUAGACCGAAAAGCUCAGUUUUCCAGGGAUCAUUUACUUCAGGAACUACAGUUGCACUUUGAUGCCGCUGUUCAAGAGAAUGUUACCAUCAAUGGCGAGACUUGGGAGGGCGCUUCAGAAGAAGAGCAGCCCACAAAUGAUGCUGACAACAAGUCUCUUGAUGACUUGCUGGACGAACACAUUUUGGAGACUGUUCUCAGACGCAAACACUAUCCAAAAAAAAUCCUUCCCUAUGUAGUCAGGCGGUUGAAAGCUGAACGAGAAAUGAUGGGAUUGUACCAGCAAGUAGUUACACCACACAAAAUAACAAGCGAUCCAGAACAAGAUGUCAAAAUGACAAAUGUGUUGGCUUCUGCACUUGGAAUGGCCAAACAGGCCAGCACAGUCAUGAAGUCCUUGCAAGCAUUGCUUCAGAGAGCGGAAGGGUUGUCCCAAGUUAUGAAAAUGGAGCCUGAUAUCAAGCUCUCCAAGGCACACCAAGCAGUUUUCGAACAUGAGGAAACAGGGGACAAACGUAAUAGUCCGCUGGAGGUAACUCCCACAGAGAGUGGCACAAAGAAGUCUCUAAAGAUUAGAUGCCCAUUGAAAAGAAAAUCUGCGGAGACCGAGAUGCGGGCAAUGUACCCCCUGAGAUCAAAGAGACAAAUCAGUCUUAACGGAAGCUAAAAAUAAAUUGUCCAUGUUAAACUAUACAGAUUAAACCCUUGCAGAGAUUCAAGAAAAGGCAAGAAUGGAAAGGAAAAUGUGCACUGCUAUUUGUAUAAAGGUGUCACAUGUCCACUAACAGUAGUGUUCAUUGCUUUACACAACUCCCAAGCAUUGGCUUUGUAAUUUUAACCUUGGCAUUUUUCACCAUUUUUUUUUGUACAUAAAUAUAUUAAGCUAUAUGUAAAUUAUGUACUUUUUUUUUG